AGUCGAUUUUGGGCCGAGGUGCCUCGAACCGAACUGCAACUGACAAUUAGUCGCCGUCUUAUGCUCCUCGCCAAAAGUCGCUUCUUGCCCCGCACUCGAAAAAUCGAAAACUCAAACUAAAACUUGCACAACGGCUCCACAGCGACAACCGUAUAAAAUUCUAAUCGGAAAACAACGAUCGUGUGUUACUACUCUAAAUACUUAAUCCUCAAAAAAAAUAAAAGUUGCAAAGAUAUUUUGGAAAAAAACGUUGAAAUUCUAUUUGUGAUCUUGGAUCUUGGUAUCAUGCCAUUUGUGGAUGUAUUCAAAAGUUGGAAAUUAACGCAUCAAGAUGAAGCGUAGGAAAAGCAGGAACAAAUGCGCGACUGCUGAGCCCAAACGUUCCAGAACUGGAGUCAUGUCAUGGGAUUGUUAUAUAAGGGUUCCAAACUCCUGAACACAAUUCUGGAUUCCCUGGAAGAUCAAGAGGGUGGAGCUAUGUACAUAUCGUGCGAUGUCUCAAACGGCGGUCCUGUGGAACCAGAGACGGGCUAUGUGCCCAACAAUCCCCUGUUCGGCCUGGCGCUGGACAGCCCGCAGCAAGAUUGCGCCGCUUCCUGCGUCGGCUGCCUAUCCUGCCAGGGCAGCACCGCCCUGCCCAUCUCCUCGCUCACCAGCAGCGACUUCGACUGCGGCGGCUGUUUCGAUCCCACGAUUGGAGUGGGCGUGGGCAUCGGUGGCGGCCACAUCCAGAUCAGCACGACACCGCCGGCGAGCAGCGGCAACGGGAGCAGCAAUAACGGUGCCGGAGGAGGCUCCUCGGCGAAUCACGGCUACUGGAGCACCGACGAGAUGGCUUCCACGUUUCCCGGCCUGCCGCCGCUGGACAUCGAUCCGCUGCCCAGUCUGUUCCCAUUCUCGCCCUGCGGCGCUUCCUACAACUUUGCCGCCGGCAAUCCGCACCAGGCCGCCUCACUCUCCUACACAGUGCAUCCGCACCAGAUGCUCAUCUCGCCGAACUCCCACAACCAUGGCCAGAUGCACUCGCAGCACCAGCAGCACCAGCACCAGCAAUCCCAGGUCCAGGCAUCGCACGUAGGCAACUCGCUCCUCCAAAGCAGUGGUGGCAACAAUAUCGGCAGUAAUGGUGGAGCCGGUGUAGCGGCUAACGCUGCCAGUUGCUACUAUGAAACCAGUGCUGGAACGGCUGCACCACCUCCUCCUCCGGCGGCAGCCAUGUAUCCCAGCAUGAGCGUGAACGUCAGCAUGAACAUGACCAUGCACCAUGGGUACGGUGCCGGAGAUGCCGGCGGCGUUCCGAUGCAGUGUUCCCAGAUGAACUGGACGCCACCCAGUAACUCCACUUCGGCGGCCGCAGCAGCAGCGGCGGUAAAUGUGCUAUACCCACCGCUGCUGAGUCCCGGUCACUAUCCUGCCUCGGCCACGUAUUCCUUUACGGCGGAUUUCCGGGCACCGGCUCCCACGGGUCUGGGCGCCCUGCCAUCGCUGACAGUGGGCGAAAAGGAAUCGGCAUCGCCGCCGGCCAACUCCUCUUUGGCUGGCUAUUAUCCCACGGGGGUGGGCAAUCAGGGAUACACACCGCCCCACAAAAGUCCCACCAGCUAUCAGGCAGCCGCCCUGGGCUUGAGUCUAUCUGCCUUCGAGGACGAGGAGGAUAGCAACGAGGAUCUGGACGGAGAUGAGGGCAGCAGUGGCGGCGAGAUGAAACCCAAUCUGUGCCGGCUGUGCGGAAAGACAUAUGCCCGACCUAGCACGCUCAAGACCCAUCUGCGGACGCAUUCCGGCGAAAGACCCUAUCGAUGCCCCGACUGCAACAAGAGCUUCUCGCAGGCCGCCAACCUGACGGCCCACGUACGCACACACACCGGCCAGAAGCCGUUCCGCUGCCCCAUCUGCGACCGGAGAUUCUCGCAGAGUUCCAGCGUCACCACGCACAUGCGCACCCACUCCGGCGAGCGGCCGUACCGCUGCUCCUCCUGCAAGAAGUCCUUCUCCGACAGCAGCACCCUCACCAAGCACCUGCGAAUCCACAGUGGCGAGAAGCCCUACCAGUGCAAGCUCUGCCUGCUCAGAUUUUCGCAGUCGGGGAACUUGAAUCGGCACAUGCGCGUCCACGGCAACAACAACAGCAGCAAUGGCAGCAAUGGGGCAACCGGAGUUGGUGGAGAGUCCUCCACCGGCAGCGGAGGCGGUGGUGGCAACAGCCUGCUCACAUGACAAAAGCCAAGGAGUGCAGGAGGUUUCCAGCAUUACCACCCCCCGCACACCCACCACAUGCGUCACCAGCACCACGCCCAUCACCAUCACCACGCCCACAUGGGUAACUACGACUACGGGAACUACAGCAUCGGCGAUUACACUCCACCCGGAGCCACACAAAACUAUUCAGGGUAUUAUUUCUGCGCACUCAACAAGGCGCCCAAGUUCGAACGUUUCUAUUAGGGCCUGAAAUCUGGGAGAUCCCAUCCGGAUGAGGAACCUAAACGGAGGAGCACUCAGUGAACUAUCCGGGGAUAGUCACUCUAUCGCUGAUAAAUACAAUAAUGUAUAUGCCAUACUUAACCUUGCUGUAGACAAAUAAUUUGGGUUCCUGAUAAAUUGAAAUCCUAAUUGAACCUAACGAUGUAAUAAUACUCAUAACCCAAAUCCGCAUCCAAAUGCAGUUAAAAAUGCUCAAACAAUACAAAUCUGAGGAAUCGCGGAGAAUCGAACAAACGUAGGCGUAAGAGCUGCACUGUACAUACUUAUACAUACUAUAUUUAUUAUAUUCGCCUAGCCUAAUAUGCAUUGAAUCCAAGUUAGUUCAUCCAUUAAAUAAGGUAGUUGAAAACACGCAUAAAUCUAUUCCAAAUUAGCCAACGAAAUAGGAUGUAAGUCGGAUAUGAGUACGAAUCAUAAGACCAAACAACACAGCAGCACCCAAAACGAGAAUAUAUAAAUUGGAAUUGCCAAGGCAUGAAACCCAUAAACACCUGUACACGAAUAUAGUUGUCCUAAGCUUAAACUAGACGUA